AUGUCAUCCUUAUUAAACCUGAGACCCUUGGCUAAAACUCUGAUCCGAUGUCAAAUCGGUGAUGGCACUUCUGCAAGUUUCUGGUUUGAUCGUUGGUCUCCUCUAGGACCUCUAAUCGAUCUGCUUGGGGACAAUGGUCCAGUCUUAUUGGGAAUCCCCAUCAAUGCUCAGGUUGUAGCUGCCACAAACUCUCACGGUUGGAGGCUCCCUUCUAGCAGAUCCAGGAAUCCGCUAGUUCUCAGCAUCCAAGAUCAUUUGCUCUCAGUCCCAGCCCCUUCUCUCUCUUAUGGCCCUGAUCAGUUUCUGUGGGAAGUAGAUAAUCGCUCUUUGAAUUCAUUUUCUACAAAGAAAACUUGGAAUCAGCUAAGACCCUCAAAGGAGCAACAAUUUUGGGCAAAAGCUGUCUGGUUCAAACACCAUGUGCCUAAACAUGCCUUCACUUUUUGGGUUGCAAAUCUGGAUAAGCUCCCAGUCCGCUCAAGGCUCCUGAGCUGGGGAAUGCAGAGGAAGUCUGGCAGCUUAUUUUGAGGAAGCUCGGUCAACCAGUUUGUUGCUUUGUAUCUUGGUCAACCUUAAUCACUU